GGCUCUCUGGGCCGCGCCUGAGGCGGACGCAACGGGGCCGGGGGAGGCGGCGGCGGCGGCGGCGGCGGCGGCAGCGGCGGCGGGGGUGGGCGCCGCGGCCGGCCCGGGUGGAUGGAGUUGGAGGGGCGGGGCGCUGGCGGUGUGGCGGGCGGGCCGGCGACCGGGCCGGGGCGGAGCCCCGGGGAGUCGGCGCUGCUGGACGGGUGGCUGCAGCGGGGCGUGGGCCGGGGGGCCGGCGGCGGGGAGGCCGGGGCCUGCAGGCCCCCGAUACGGCAGGAGCCGGACUCCGGCGCGGACUACGAGGCGCUCCCGGCCGGCGCCACCGUCACCACGCACAUGGCGGCGGGGGCCGUGGCGGGGAUCCUGGAGCACUGCGUGAUGUACCCCGUCGACUGCGUCAAGACCCGGAUGCAGAGCCUGCAGCCUGACCCAGCAGCACGCUAUCGAAAUGUGUUGGAGGCCCUCUGGAGGAUUAUAAGAACCGAGGGCCUGUGGAGGCCCAUGCGGGGGCUGAACGUCACGGCAACAGGCGCUGGGCCUGCCCACGCCCUCUAUUUUGCCUGCUACGAAAAGUUAAAAAAGACAUUGAGUGAUGUAAUCCACCCUGGGGGCAAUAGCCAUAUUGCCAAUGGUGCGGCAGGGUGUGUGGCAACAUUACUUCAUGAUGCAGCCAUGAAUCCAGCAGAAGUGGUUAAGCAGAGGAUGCAGAUGUACAACUCCCCGUACCACCGCGUGAAAGACUGUGUGCGAGCAGUGUGGCAGAAUGAAGGGGCCGGGGCCUUUUACCGCAGCUACACCACUCAGCUAACCAUGAACGUUCCCUUCCAAGCCAUUCACUUCAUGACCUAUGAAUUCCUGCAGGAGCACUUUAACCCUCAGAGACGGUACAACCCCAGCUCCCAUGUCCUCUCCGGAGCCUGUGCAGGAGCCGUAGCUGCCGCUGCCACGACCCCACUGGACGUUUGCAAAACACUGCUCAACACCCAGGAAUCCCUGGCUUUGAACUCAAACAUUACAGGACAUAUCACAGGCAUGGCUAGUGCAUUCAGGACGGUGUAUCAAGUAGGUGGGGUGACCGCCUACUUCCGAGGGGUGCAGGCUAGAGUAAUUUACCAGAUCCCCUCCACAGCCAUUGCCUGGUCUGUGUAUGAGUUCUUCAAAUACCUAAUCACUAAACGGCAAGAAGAGUGGAGGGCAGGCAAGUGAAGACGCACUGAAAGAAGCCAGGGGUUCAGACAGCACUGCUGCACCUGCCCCCUCCAGCCACGUUCUGUCUCCUGGCACGUUCCAGCCUCGAGUGGAGUUGGAAGGAAGGUAGAUGGCUCUUCUCAGGCUAUUGGUGUUUGGGUAACACCAGCUCCUGCUAACCUCCGUUGCUGCCACCUUUCCUUCCAGGUCCUGAGCAAGUGCAGCAAAACACACCACAGCACCUUUGACAACCUCUCUCCAUCCUGGGCCUGGUGGCCUGCUCUAGACUGUUCUAGAGGAAUAUGCAGCCCAUUCCCCUGGUUCCUAAUAAAAAAAAAAAAAACCUUUAAGUUAAAUGGUUCCAUUGGGUUUGUCUUGCCAAACAGGAAGUGAAAUGCUGUCAACCAUUCUUUAAGAAUAAAUCAAGGGGUCCAAGUGGAAGAUUUAUUGAGUAUAUCUA